UUGUUUCAAAACCCCCCAAAACCCAAGGGCUAAUCGGGCAACCUCCUUCCCCACGCCGCCGCCGCCGCGAUGCCUCCUCCCUUCCCGACGGCGACCGCCGCCGCCUCCACCACCUCCCACCUCGCCCUCCUCCUCCUCCUCUCAUCCUCCUCCGUCUUCUUCCUCUACAAGUCCCUCCGCCUCCGCCGCAACAACCCACCAUCCCCUCCUCCGGGCCAGGGCCCCGCCCCAACCCCGACCCUCCUCUACGCCUCCGCCACCGGCACCUCCAAGGCCCUCGCCGCCGGCCUCUCCCGCCGCCUCGCGGAGGCCGGCGUCACCGCCCACCCCGCCGACGCCGCGGCCUUCGACCCGGACGACCUCCCCUCCCUCCCGCUGCUGCUGCUCGUGCUCCCCACCCACGACGGCGGCGCGCCCCCUCCCGCCGCGGCCUUCCUCGCCCGCUGGCUCGAGGAGUCCGCCGCCGACUUCCGCGCGGGGGCGGCGCUGCUGUCGGGGCUCCGCUUCGCCGUCUUCGGCGUCGGGUCGCGGGCCUACGGGGAGACGUUCAACGCCGCCGCGAGGAGCUUCUCGCGGUGGCUGCGCGCGCUCGGCGCCGCCGAGGUGGUCGCCGUCGGGGAGGGUGACGUGGAUGGUGGGGAUCUCGAGGUCGUGUUCGAGGAGUGGUGUGGGAGGGUGGUGAGGGUGGUGAAAGGGGAGGAGAUCGGAGAGGGGCACAACGGAGAGAGCGAUGGCUUUGAUGAGUUGGAAGAGGAGGAAUCCGAUGAUGACGACGACGAAGAGGAGGUCGAUGGCGGGGAGGUCGACAUGGAGGACAUUGCCGGGAAGGCACCGGCGGCAAGGAGGCGGAAUGGGAAGGUGGAGGGGGCUUUGUCCAACGGAGGGGAGAAUGGUGUGAGGGACAUGGUCACUCCAAUCAUCAGGACGAGUUUAGAGAAGCAAGGUUACAAAAUUAUCGGUUCUCAUAGUGGGGUGAAGAUUUGUAGAUGGACAAAGUCACAACUCCGAGGCCGCGGAGGGUGUUACAAGCACUCAUUUUAUGGCAUAGAAAGUCACAGAUGUAUGGAGGCAACUCCAAGUCUGGCCUGUGCAAAUAAGUGUGUGUUUUGUUGGAGGCAUCACACAAAUCCUGUUGGGAAGAGUUGGAAAUGGAAGAUGGAUGAUCCUCUCGACAUUGUUAAUGCUGCAAUUGAUCAACACACAAAGAUGGUUAAGCAGAUGAAAGGGGUACCAGGAGUAAAGCCAGAGAGGCUGGCAGAGGGUCUAUCUCCUAGACAUUGUGCAUUAUCUCUGGUCGGGGAACCGAUUAUGUAUCCAGAGAUAAAUGUUCUGAUCGAUGAGCUACACCGCAGACACAUAUCUACAUUUCUUGUCACUAAUGCACAGUUUCCUGAUAAGAUUAAGACACUGAAACCAAUCACUCAGCUGUAUGUCAGUGUGGAUGCAGCUACAAAGGAAAGCUUGAAAGCUGUCGACAGACCAUUAUUUUCAGACUUCUGGGAGCGUUUUCUGGAUUCACUGAAGUCACUGCAUGACAAAGAUCAACGAACUGUCUACCGGCUGACAUUGGUUAAAGGCUGGAAUGCAGAAGAGAUAGAUGGUUAUGCAAAGUUACUAAGCCUUGGCCAACCCGAUUUCAUUGAAAUCAAGGGUGUGACAUAUUGUGGCUCGUCAGCAACUUCCAAGUUAACGAUGGAAAAUGUCCCCUGGCACUCUGAUGUAAAAGAUUUCUCAGAGGCUUUGGCAUUAAAAAGCGGUGGCGUGUAUGAAGUAGCUUGUGAGCAUGCUCAUUCAUGCUGUGUUCUACUUGCAAAGGUGGAUAAGUUCAAGAUCAACGGCAAAUGGCAUACCUGGAUAGAUUAUGAUCGAUUCCAUGAACUGGUGACAUCCGGAAAGCCUUUUAGGAGCCAAGAUUACAUGGCUCUCACACCUUCCUGGGCUGUCUAUGGUGCAGAGGAAGGUGGCUUUGAUCCAGAUCAAUCUCGUUACAAGAAAGAAAGACGUCAUGGUGCAGCAGCGCUCAAAGACUAACCUAUCUCCAAUCAUUACCAAUUUUGUUACCAAGCCCUCGGAUUGCUUCCUUGAAGGACUAACCUAUUUUCUAGAUUUCAAUAGUCAAAAUUUUGCGGUGGCCUUUUCCAUUUCAUGGAUCUGUCUGUGUGUAUCAAUCCGUUCCUGGAUUAAUUGUGUACGCCAUAGGCCUAUACUAAAUAUUUUACAACAUGGAGCUCUGUUUUAUUUCUCUGACCAGAUGGUUUAAAAAUGUUGUGAUGUUUUUCGUGAUCUUCAGUGAAAUGUAGCUUCCCGGUGCUUUGAUGAA